AUGCAGAAUGCUGUGGCAGAUUCUAUGUUUUACAGAAUCAUAGCUUGCAAAACAACAAAAGAGGCUAUGGCUUGCAAAAUAGCAAAAGGGUCUUGGGAUAGGUUGAAAGAAGAAUAUCAAGGCAGUGAUAGAAAACGUCAAAUGCAAGUGUUGAACCUGAAAAUAGAGUUUGAGUCCUUGAAUAUGAAGGAGGACGAAACAAUCAGUAAGUAUGCUGAUCGAAUCUCCUUAAUUGAAUCCAAGGACCUAAGCAAACUUUCAUUAGGUGAACUAAUGAGUGCUCUUCAAGCACAAGAGCAAAGGAGGACUUUGAGACGAGACAAGUUCACUGAAGGAGCUUUCUCUGUACAAAAGCAAAUAUUUGGUAAAGGAAAGCAACAGUUCAACCAAAAGAAUAAAGACAAGCAUGAUGGAGGAAACAAUAGUGGAGAUACGGGGCACAUAUCCAAGGUCUUCAAAUCAAGAGCAAAGGCCUCUGGUGCUUCGCAAGCACAAGUAGCAGAAGCUGCAGAUGCACAUGAGGAGCAAUUCUUUGCAGUUUCAUACUUUUCAAUCAAUGAAUCCUCUGAUUCAUGGCUUCUUGAUAGUGGUUGCACACAUCACUUGUGCAAUGAUGCUGAAAUGUUCAAAUUCCUUGAUCAUACCUACAAAUCUAAAGUAAAAGUGGGAAACGGUAAGGCAGUAGAAGUCAAAGGCAAAGGUACAAUGUUUAUCUCAACAAUAUCAGGUAUCCAAACUAUUCCUGAUGUUUUGUACACACCUGAUAUGAGUCAAAAUUUGUUGAGUGCUGGACAAAUGCUUGAAAAUAAUUAUUCUCUGCAUUUUAAGAAUUGUGAAUGUGUUGUUUCUAACCCUUCUGGAGUAAACUUAUUUUAUGUCAAGAUGAGCAACAUAAUGUUUUCAGUUGAUUGGGAGAAAAUGGCUGAGCAGGCUUACACUAUUACUUCACAAACAUGUACAAACCAAUGGCACAAAAGGGAAAGCAAACAAAAUUGCCAUUUUCAAGCAAAUCAAGUAUGGAGAGCUAACCAGAAACUUCAGCUCAUUCAUACGGAUGUUUGCGGCCCAAUGAAAACGGAUUCAUUGAGUGAAACAAAGAGGAAUAAGCUGGACAACAAGGCUCAUAAAAGCAUAUUUAUGGGCUAUAGUUCAUCUAAAGGUUACAUGAUUUUCUGUUUGAAAUCAGAAAAACUAAUUCUCAGCCGAGAAGUGAAGUUUGAUGAAGCAGCUGGUUGGGAUUGGAAAAAUCAGAAGACCUCUUAUUUCGAUUUAUUUUCAAAAGAGCAGCCUCAACAUUUAGAAGAUGAACUAGUGGAUGAUGUACCAGUGAGGCGAACUCGAACCUUAAAAGAUGUCUAUUAG